AUGAGCAAGGCAGCAGAGCAGAAGCUGGCUUUGGCCACAGUGGACGUCGAAGCCAGAUCAUCCGACUCUGCGGAGAGCUCGCAAGAACUCCUUGUGAAGCCGAUCUCGACGUGGAAAGGCUACGUAUGGGAUACAUGGGAGCUCCCCAAAGAAGAACGAUGGCUAUUGUUCAAGGUCGACGCCUUUGUGUUGACCUUUGCUUCGAUCGGCUACUUCCUCAAGAAUCUUGACCAAUACAACGUCAACAAUGCAUUCCUGAGUGGCGUGGAGGAGGAUCUUUCGAUGUACGGAAACCAACUUGUGACGAGCACGUCGAUCUGGACCGUGGGCUAUGUUGUGGGCCAGAUUCCAUCGAAUCUGCUCUUGACGAGGCUGUCGCCCCGGAUCGUCAUCCCGACGCUCGAGCUGGGUUGGGGAGUCGCGACGAUGGCCACAUCCUCCGUGCAAUCUUACAAGUCGCUUUAUGCUCUGAGAUUCCUGGUGGGCUUGUUUGAAUCUGGUUUCUAUCCCGGUAUCCAUUAUCUGCUUGGUAGCUGGUACACUCCACGUGAACUCGGCAAGCGCGCCAUGAUAUUCUGGCUGGCCGGUUCAAUGGGGCAGCUCUUCAGCGGGUUUCUGCAGGCUGCAGCAUAUACUGGCCUCAACGGUGUCCACGGCCGAGCAGGCUGGCGGUGGCUGUUCAUCAUCGACGGCAUCAUCACGCUUCCUCUCGCGGUCACCGGCUUUAUUUUCUUCCCGAACCUGCCGCAAGAGGACAAUAAAACGUGGUGGACGACGCAGGCGGAGCAUGAGCUUUCAGUCAGGCGCAUGAAGGCGAUCGGCCGCGCUGGGAGGGAGCCCUGGACGUGGCCCAAAUUCAAGAGGCUUCUGUUCAGCUGGCAUACAUAUGUUCUCCCCAUGCUGUAUGUCAUCUGGAACAACGGAGGAUAUCAGCCAGCCAUGGGCUACUGGCUGAAGAGCUUCGACAAGAAACCUUACCCAGUCCCAGGCACGUAUUUCACAAUUCCGCAAAUCAACUAUCUGCCCAACGUAACAAUCGGUAUCUUCAUUGGCAUGUCGUUCGUAUGGGGAUGGCUUUCCGACGGGCCCCUUCGAGGUCGGCGUUGGCCUUUCAUCUACGCGGGUGCCUUUAUUACCUUGAUAUUUAGCGUCGUUCUACGCCAAAUGCCGCUCUACACCGACGUCCACGGCCGAAAGGUCGUGUAUUGGCUCAGCCAGAUCGGGUUCGGAGCUGGCCCGCUCAUCCUGAGCUGGAUCAACGAAAUCUGCUCGAGCGACACUGAAAAGAGGGCGUUGCUGGUGGCGGCAGGCAAUGACUUUGCCUAUGUCGUUCAAGCCGUAGCGCCCAACUUCGUUUGGAAGACUGUCGACUUUCCGGCCGCAAGAAAGGGUUAUACGUGGUCCCUUAUCCUCCAGGUUCUUCUCAUCCUGUGGACAGCUCUCAUUCAACUCCUGCUUUGGCGAGAUGGCCGGAUUGACGGAAAACGCAGGGUUAUUGACGUCGCUGGGUCUGAAGCAGAAAGCUCAGCCGGAAGGAAAGCGCCUGCUGAAGCAGACAGGAAACGGAUCAGCUUUGACGCUGCUGCGAUUGCGCCUGCGGCAGGGCCUAUCAGUCAAUAG